CUGCACGAGACACCAAAGAUGGCAAGCGCAAGCAAGGACACCAGCUAGCUGAUGGUUUAAUUCACCAUUUUCUUAUUUCGUUUUCUGGAAAUAAGAGUGCUAAGUAUAUCUUAGUUCUAAACCGCAGGCUUGACAACCUUUGUCUUUUUAUGGACAAGUUACCCACUUACAAAUUAGGACUCCCAGCAUUUAGUACUCAGUUCAAUGCCAUAUUUUCGUGAAAAAAUAGUAUAUCUAGCUAGCUAGCUAUAUCUUGAUCCACAUGACAUGGCACUUAAAGUUUUGAAAUGAUUGUAAGUUUAAAAUUGAAACAAGGUGCAAGUGAAUAGGAAAUGAAUGGGAUACAAAUGGGAAACUAUUUCAAAACUGUUUAAAGUGAUUAAAAGACAUGUUUUUGAUUAGCUUUAAGGUGUGAGUAAGGGAAAAUGUGUGAUGUUUUAAAAUAGCUUCUAUUAAAAUUACGUAAAAGUUGUAAUAUUGUUGUUUAACAUUUUCUGAAAGUUUAUAAAAUUGCCUAAAAGAUGAUAUGAAAAUUAUUGGAAACGAAUAAAAUUAAAGACAUUAAAAAAUGACCCCUCCUUUACUAAUACAUUUCCAUUUACAAAACGUUUAGUUUUUCAUGAUCGAUGUUCACUGUUUUGUAAUCACAACACAUUGAUCUAAAAACUAUCUGAAAAUUAUAGUGUAAUUAUUUUCCGUUUUGAAGAUAUUUUCCACUUACUUUUUAUAUUGAAUUACAAACCAUAAUUUGCUAAAAAAUAUGUCAUAACUCGAGAUCUGUUCACACUUACGAAUUAAAUGUAAAAUCAUUUUUAGAUAUAACAUCUGUCUUCAAAAACCGCUCACCCUCCACCUUGUAGCUUUUUUUAGUUUUGUAAAUGAAGAUGAAAAGGCUAGCAGUACUAACACAAUAAAUAAACAUUUCAAAAAAGACCUUUUUAAAAAAUAUCAUCACUUUUGUAUAGUUAAAUGGUCGCUACAGGUGUUUUUAACAACUUCUGUACAACACGCGUGUCUGCUCAUGUUUGCACUUAAAACAUAUUCACAAGAAGAGAGAUAGGCAAAGUAAAAAUAAACAAAAAGGAAAAGGAAAAAAUGUUACAAAAUCUCAUGGAAUAGGGUUAAAAAAAUGAUCCAAUAUCACUAAGUCAUAUUCGCUAUCACUGGAUAAAACAUCAUUAUUUUUUUUCGACUAACAUUUUUGUUCAAUUUGCAUAUUAUUUUUUAUUUUUUAUCUUCACUUGGCUGGAGAGUUAAAACACUUUUUUCUAAUUUUUUUUUCUCUUUUUUGAAGGAGCAGAAGCUUUAUGACGAGUAGACAUUUUUUAAUAUUUUAUAUAGCUCAAUGUUGUUAGUGUUGCUUGCUUGUAGAAAAAACUUUUUCCCAAAAAAGCACAAAUGAAAGUCAAAGUGAAAAAAGUGAUUUUUAAUUGAUCAGAUAAAAACAAACAAUCGUUAAAAGAAAAGCGAUACAAGAAAUUCAAUGGUAUCGUUUUUUACAACGUUGGUUGUGAUUACGUUAUUGUUACAAAAUAUGCUUACCACAGUUUAUUCCCAAAGUGAGAAACAUGCAUUUACACAUAUAUUUGAUCUUUUUAGCAAAUUCAGCUGAAAGACAAAUGAUGAGGAUUUUGUUUUUGGAAAAAAGUCACAUUUCAUCCUAUUUUAUAUAAAAAUAAUUUCACCAUUAAAAAGUUUUUUUAUUUUGAAAGAAGUUAAAAAUUUUUUUUUUCUCCCUUACUCACACCUUAAGCCAAAAUCACAUCAGUAUAUACAAACUAUGUUAACAAUACACCUUGUGCCGAUUUUGAAGAAGUAAUGCGCACACGUUUUAAAGAGACAAUAUUUAAAGGGCUAUAUUUUCAAAAUGGCGGUUUUGGUAGGUAAAGAAACUAAAAUCGUAAAUAGCUGUAUGUACAGUUUUGUCCUGCUUAUGAGGGGAAUUGAUAUAUAUUAUAUCAUUAAAAGGGCAUUUAAAGAAAAAAUAGAAUUAAAGCUAUUAGUUUUUAAUAUCUUACUCAAAAUAAAUCCUUCUUGUAUAAACAAAUCAAAACAAACUUGGAGGUCUCAAGCUUAGCUGCCAUCUAUGAACUAUCUAAGAACCAAUGAUAUAAAUGCCAGAACAUAUAGGAGCAAAUUAAAUAUUCUGUCUUGUUUUUGUAUAUUCUUUAAUUUAAACACCACAGACGGUGCAUGUGCCGCAAAUUGUAAACAAACGUCUCUGGGUUUUUACCAUGGAUGAAAAUAAUAACAUACUUAACAUUUUAUGCCCAGAAUUGUUUUAUGGUCAAAUUAAUUCCUAAUGUUUCCAGAAAAAACACAGUAUUAGUAAGAUAAAUGUAUUUCAUAAACACCAAAAAAAAACAUUAGAGAUUGAGGUACAGUACAGUAGGACACCUAACAUCGUGAAUUGCGUAUCAUGCGCGUCGUGCACAAUUCACGAUGCUGUCGCAAUAGUAAAAUUUUUUAGCAUUGUGAAUGUCCCAAUCCAUUGUGGGGUCGACUUUCACGAUGCAUCGUGACUUUCGCGAUCCAUAUUGCGAUCGUCAUAAUACAUCUUUAAACAUUAUAAAAAUCACGUAAUUAAUGUCAUGAGAGAAUAGCGCAAUUAAUUAUGAAUAAUUGUUUUGUUUUUGUUAAUCAAAGAUAUUUUUGUUGUCGUAAGCUUUUUUCUUGUUUAGACUCUAACUUAUUUAGUUGUUCUAUGGGCCCACCCAACCCUAACUUUCACGAUAAAAAAAUCGUAGAAAUAUCAACAAACAAACAUUUGCUUAUCCAGUCUCUUGAAAAAAAAGAUUAUGAAUGUUGUAACACCCUCCUUCGUUAUGAUUAAUAUAUGUUUAAAAUUACGCUGCUUGCUAAAAUCUUAAAUUUCUUAGUUGAUAUCAUUUAGGAAAAAUCAUUAAUAUCAUUAAAUCUCUUUCAAUGAUAUUAGAAAAAUAAUUAAAACAACAUAAAAUACGCAUGUCGUAACACCCUUCUCCUGUUAUUUUUUAUUAUUUUUUUGUUGUUGUUCCAACCAUACAUUCUUAUUUUUCCAUGAACUUUCAUUAAAUUGGACAUUCGCCAAUUUAACAUUCGCUAAUACAAGCAAAACAUACAUAGAAAUAUAAAUAAAAUGACCAUGAUACCAACAGACGUCAAGAUCCAGUGGUGAUUAGGUUGAACAUAAAAAAAAAGAAAAUAGUAUUUUAGUUAGUUCACCUAACCAGCUAGCAACCCAACAGUAGAUAGACCCUAGCAAUUUCGAUCACUGGAUUUUUGAAUAGUGCCGAAACAUCACAACCUAUACAAUAAUAUCAAUAUGAUGAGUAAGGUUGAUAGUCAUUUCUCUUCCAAUGAUAUGAAAUGUUUUAAACGUCGUAUUACAUGUUCGACUAAUAUGCGUAGUUUCGCUACUUCAUUUGUUUUCUUUACAUCUUUUGUCAUUUGAGAUUGUCUGCGCUUUCCAGGAGGAACAAGAACAUGAAUAAAUCAAGCUGCACAUUCUUCAAUGAUGUUAAAUCCCUUAUCAACCAUGAUUUCAGUAUAAGGCUCGAUUGAAUCUAAGGAACCUAAUGCUAACGAGAUUGCCUUACCUGACACAAUACCACCAUAACCUUCUAAAGCGAAUGCUAUAAACCUAUUUGGUGUAAUAGCUAUAAAGUACUUUGGCAGUAUUAUGGUGUUUGUAGUUCGACCAAGUUAUACGUUGAGCUUGGUGGUUUUUGGGUGUUUUGAUCCUCUGUUAUAUAUCUCUGUUGCGUCAGGGAUAGUAUGCCAGUUUCGAAAAAUUUUAAACUUAUUUGGUUAUGAAGCAGUAGCCUUCGAAUUUCGCUUCGGCACUCAGCAAUUGGCGAAGUAAUUGCAUUAAGCUUUGCGAUAGUCGCGAUGCAUAAAAAAAUAACGAUGCUAUCGCGAUUGUCACUAUUAAUCGUGAUUGUUGCGAUGGAUCGUGAAUAACAUUAAAAAUAUUAAACAAUAGAUGUGUAUAGCUAAUCUUGUGUCUUUGUUUUUGUUUUUUUACAUUUCAAAAUUCUUUUGCAUCUUGUAUUUUUAUUAGAAAUUGGAUUUUAGAAAUAAGGUAACUCCAACUUAAUUACUUGUUCUACGGGCGAAGUAGAUAGUAGUUUACGGUCUGUCGGUCGGCAAUCUGAAUCUGAAGAUGGCCAAAAGCUUUUGUUAAAUGAAUUGGAUUUGUUGACUCGCUUAUAUGUCUUUUUUAUCUGUCUAUUUUCUGCACAAGUCAUAUUUUUUAUCAACUGGAUAUAUCUUUUCCCCUUUUUUUCAUCUAUCUCCUUUGUACUUUGUGCACUAUGCCCCAUUGGAACUUGAUCAAAAUUAUCCAAUAACCCUGGUCAUACAUUUUAAUAAAUGAAAAAGUGCAUGGUUAAACAUUAAUUAUCAUAAUUAGUGGCCACCUAUGUAGGUUUUUUGCCUAGGUUUUUUUGCUGUUGUAAUUUUUGCCCUGAUUAGUUGAUAACAGAAUUUUAGUGACAUUUUAAGGUUUUAAGACGGUCCACUUCUUAGCUGAAAAAAGAGUGAUCAAAGAAAUGUUAAAUAUGGUGACUGAAAAACAAGAACAAGAAUCUUAAAAAAUAUCUCAAAUCAGCCUGGACUUCAAAAUAAAAGAUUUGUUGAUAUGGUUGUCACUGAUGUAAAAAAAGUGCAAAAUGGGUGAACUUAUUGAAGAAUUUAAUUUGGACACCAUUAAUCCUAAAGAUGUUUUAUCAAAUAUUAAUGAUUGUGAUGCACUGAAGAAAGCUGUAUUAGCAUGGCAGUUAUGUUUAGAAGGAAAUUAUAUCCAUGCUGCAAGUUUAUCACAAGUUUUGCUGGACAAGACUUGGGAAGAACUAAAUGUAGGCCACUGGAAAGAUGUUGAUAUAAAUAUACGCUAUCUUUAUUCUUUUGCCUCACUUAUUAAAGGCUUAAGUUUAUAUGGUCACAAAGAUGUAAGAAGAGCAAUAAAAGCUUGUGAUAUGGGUUUAUUAAUGGGAGCUCCAAUUUUUGAUAACAUUUUAUCUAGAAUUGUAUCUAAAUUUACAAGGAUGUUACCGUUAUGCCUUACUCCAAGCGAAAAAAAUAAAGACAAUGAACCGCCCUCUAAAGUGAUUAAAUUUUAUAACAAUAUGCCACCACUUGAUUUUAGCAAGACUAUUGAAAGAAAAUGUGCACCUUCCUUGAUGCAAUUUCAAUUAGACUUCAUAAAAAAAGAAAACCCUGUAAUUAUUACAAAUUGUAUUACACAUUGGCCUGCCAUGGGUGAACAUAAGUGGACUGUGAGUUAUAUCAAAUCUAUAGCUGGCUCUAGAACAGUUCCAGUUGAAAUAGGAGAUAAAUACACUUCUGAGGAAUGGACGCAGAAGUUAGUUAGCAUGUCAGAGUUUAUUGAUACCUAUAUUGAGCCAAACAAUAGUACAGGCUACUUAGCUCAACAUCAACUGUUUGAGCAAAUCCCAGAGCUAAAAGAUGAUAUAACCGUUCCUGAUUAUUGUUAUUUGUCUGAUAAGGAAGACGAGAAUGUAAUAAUAAACGCCUGGUUUGGUCCCGAAGGAACAAUAUCUCCUUUGCACCAUGAUCCGUACCAUAAUUUGCUAGUUCAAGUGGUAGGUUCCAAAUAUAUCAGGUUGUACGAUCGCAAACUUUCUGAUUUUGUUUAUCCUCAUGAAGGAAUGCUAAACAAUACUAGUCAAGUGGAUGUUGAAAAUUGGGAUAAAGACAACUUCCCAAAGUUUGGAGAUGCUGACUAUGUCGAAUGUAUCCUUAAGGAAGGAGAAAUGUUAUAUAUUCCACCAAAAUGGUGGCAUUACGUUAGAUCAUUGUCAACUAGCUUUUCUGUGAGCUUUUGGUGGCAAUAAAUGUGAUCAAUCUGUGAAUAAAUUAUUUUUCUUAA